UCAGUAUCCGGCUGGUCGCGCCCCUCUUGCCGUCAUUUCCGACCGUCUCCCUACUUGGAUUUGUCCCUUUUCCCUCCUUCACGGCUUCCCCGGUGGAAUUCCGGAGGAUGCAGCUUCGGAGGUAGCAGCAGUAGCAGAAGGAGGGGGGGGUCUGUGUGAAGAGUGAAUGUCCCUCCGCCGGACCGGUGGCGACGGCAACUAUGGUGACAUUAUUCAGGAGAUGGUAUAUUGUCACAUGGCCAUAUGGAGAGAAAGGACUUUAAUGCAUGGCUUGAUACCCUCUCCAGCACAUUUAUCACUCUGACCGAGAACCAGAAAAAUGAGACCCUAGACCACCUGAUCAGCUUAAGUGGGGCUGUCCAAUUGAGACACCUCUCUAACAAUCUGGAGACACUUCUGAAACGGGAUUUCCUCAAAUUGCUUCCGUUGGAGCUUAGUUUUUACCUGUUGAAGUGGCUUGACCCAUCAACCCUACUUAUUUGCUGCCUAGUCUGCAAGCAGUGGAACAAGGUGAUAAGUGCCUGUACUGAAGUGUGGCAGGAAGCCUGUCGAAGCUUAGGCUGGCAGAUCGAUGAUACAAUUCAGGACACUCUGCACUGGAAGAAGAUUUAUCUGAAGGCAGUUAGAAGGAUAAAACAGCUACAGGACAAAGAAGCCUUUGAGACCUCUUCUUUAAUUGGCCACAGUGCUAGAGUGUAUGCUCUUUAUUAUAAAGAUGGAUUGUUGUGCACAGGCUCUGAUGAUCUAUCUGCCAAACUCUGGGAUGUUUGUACUGGUCAGUGUAUAUAUGGAAUCCAGACUCACACGUGCGCUACAGUAAAGUUUGAUGAGCAGAAACUAGUUACUGGAUCGUUUGAUAACACGAUAGCCUGUUGGGACUGGAGCUCAGGAGCUAAAACCCAGAACUUCAGAGGUCAUACAGGGGCAGUUUUCAGUGUCGAUUAUAGUGACGAGCUAGAUAUCCUGGUCAGUGGGUCUGCAGAUUUCACUGUGAAAGUCUGGUCAUUGUCAACAGGAAUCUGCCUGAAUACACUUACUGAGCACACUGAAUGGGUGACUAAGGUGGUUUUACAGGUCAGCCAGGUAGAAUCCGUGAUGCACAAUCCAGGGGACUAUAUUUUACUAAGUGCUGAUAAAUAUGAAAUCAAGGUUUGGCCAAUUGGGCGAGAAGUCAACUGCAAGUGUUUGAAGACACUUGCUGUGUCAAAUGAUCGAAGCAUAUGCCUCCAACCAAGACUGCAGUUUGAUGGCAAGCACAUUGUUUGCGCGUCUGAUCUAGGAUUGUACCAGUGGGACUUUGCCAGUUAUGAUAUUAUUAGAGUUAUUAGAACUCCGGAUUCCUCGAACCUUUCCUUGCUGAGCCAGGGAGAAGUCUUUGCUCUGCUGUUUGAUAGCCAUUAUCUGUACAUAAUGGACCUAAGGACAGAGAAACUGGUUGGUCGUUGGCCUCUACCUGCAUACAGGAAAUCUAAGAGAGGUUCAAGCUUCCUGGCAGGAGAAACAGCGUGGCUAAAUGGACUCAAUGGCAAGAAUGACACAGGCCUGGUUUUUGCCACGAGCAUGCCGGAUCAUAGUAUUCAUUUGGUCCUAUGGAAGGAGAAUGGAUGAAAUAAAGUAUGAAAACUGUAAGGCAUGGAGUGCUUGUGCUGCUGUUGCAGAGGAUAUUUCAGAGAAUGCCAAAUGCUGCAUGAACCAAAGUCCUGCACAAGACCUGGCAUUCUCGUGUGUACAGUACAGUUAAUUGCCUUUUUUUUUUUAAAAUGUCAAAUGACACCAGCAUGUUGGAAAUUAUUUUUACAGCUUAAAUCCAUUUGCUUGCGAAUUGAUGUAACCAAUGCAGGAACAGGGAAGAGAGAACACACGUAUCAAUUUAAUUUUGAGGCACUGUUUAGGAAUUUAUUUUGAGCUGAUGGUUGAAAAUUAUGCUUGACAAGCACAUUUCAAUGUAACAGAUUUAUUGUUUGCAGUAUUCUGAACAUUCCCUGAAUGUCUUCAUUUCUUCUGCACCUGACAAUAUGGAAUAUCUUACCUUUUAUAUAUACAUAUAUAUAAUAUAUAUGUAUAUACAUAUAUAUAAAAUAUUUCCAUUCAGGACUUUGCCUUAAUGCUUUUAGUAGUGGUUGCUCUCAAAGAACAUGUUUGUAGACCGUAGGUAGGUACUUCAAAUUUGUCCACAUUUUAUAUUUUGGUAUAGUCAGUAUUUACAAUGAUAUUUUUAUUGAAAUUUGCCCAUGUUGUCACAGUUGUUAAUUAUCUUCAAUAUAUUCUUUCUGAAAACAAGAGUUGGAAAUUUACUUGGUUGCUUUGCUCAUUGCAAGUCUAAACAUGGAACCUUUAUUACAAAAUACUGUAAUGAAGAAGAUAUUGACCUUUGCACUUCAGUUUGCUAGACACUACUUAAGCUGUUUUCGUUUUCUAUUAAGACUUGGGGUGAUAGAUUAAAGUGGGAAAAGAGACUGGGUUGACCACUCCCCCUCUGCCUCCCAUAAGACAUGGUCAUCUGCAAACCUGGUCAUCAAUGUUGAGAUCAUAAGCUGCUGUACAGCUUUCAGUCAAGAGGUUUGCUAUCCAUACUGCUUAAAUAGGAACAGGAUUAGGCUGUUCUGCCAUUCAGUGAGAUUAUGGCUUAUCUGUAUCUGCUUUGGCUUUAUCCCUGCUCAGAUGGAACUACUGUGCUCCUGCCCAAGAGGAAGUUGUGAGUAUGAUUUUUAAAUGUUAUAGACUGUGGGCAGAGCAAUCACUGUAUGUAUUAUAUAGUUUUUAAACGCAGGAGAGAACAUUUUUUAAAAAGUCUUUUAAUGUGCUUGUCUCUGUCAGGUCAGUAAUUACAAUUGUUCCAUGGUGAUCCUUAAAUUACACCCCAGUGGUAAUAUUUGUUGAAGAAUUGCACAGGUGUAUGCAACUUGUUUUGAAUCUGUGGAUUUCUUCUUGAGGAAUAGGCGCAGCUUUCGCUGAGAAAUAACAAGAAAUGAAUAAGAAAUCAUCUGUUCCUUUUAUUAUAUGUAAAAUAGUGAAGAUUUUUAUUUUUAGAAGUCAACAAAAUGAAAAAUAUGACUGAACUGUAAAUUAUAAAGUUGUAAUAACAGAGUUGUGAACAGGUACUUUCUUCGUACUUCUGAAGGAUGGAUACUUUCCCCUCCUUAUGCAUGUAAAACCAAAAUAACAGAGCAGGUCUAAUGAAGAGGUCCCCUUUAGUUAUGCUGUAUACCGUAUCUUAAAAGCAUCUGCUACCAAAAUGUUGCAAAUUUUAUUUCUUGUGGUGUCAUCUGUAUUUGGAAUGUAAUGUGUUCUGAUCCUGAGACACUUUUUUUUGAUUGCAACUUGUGGAAUAGAUCGACGUCUGCAAUUUUAAAAGUAUGAGGACAGUGUAAAGUUCCUGGCUUCACGUGACAACUACAAUAUUCACUUUCCUUCCAUCUUUGGUUUGAAUGUAUUGAGUAUUAUUUGCUUGUAGACUGUGUUUCUUUAAGAAACUUUUAACCUCACAUCAACAGAUUAACCUCUUGCUGUCUGCCAUAACCUCAGACUAUCUGACACACAUGCAAUAAUACAUUUGUCUAAGGAAGUGAAACAUUUUGGUUUUUCUAUGCAGCCUCUAUGUUUAUGUUUAAUUUUGCAGUUUGUCAUUCGUAUUUCAAAAUCUAAUAUUUGUUUAAUAAUGUGAGGGAUGAAAGCGUUUAGUCAGCUUUUUCAAAAUGCAGCUGACUGUCAAAUGUGCAAUUACCUGUUAAGUUUUUGCUGGUAUUUUUGUUUAGAGAUGCCGAAAUGUCGUCAUGGUAAUGUCAAAUGUUCACUGGAGUGGCCAAAGAUUUACGCCGAGGUUGUUCAGUUUUAUCUUUGCAUAUAGAUAUACAGUAGCUAUGUGGUUUGAUUCCCAGAAUGACAAUGAGGUAAAUUCUUCUUCUGAAGUAUUAUUUGUUUUGAAAUCUGUUGGUUUGGCUGUAACAAUGAUAUAAUUUGAAGUAAAAUCAUCCUAUUUAUCCAUAUGAUGACUGGCA